AUGGCCUUGACGGAACAGACAGCCCCGCCCCAGGCUUGGGGUCGCUGGCAGCAGCAGCCUGCCGGCCAUGACUACGCGAUGAUGGAUAACACAGCCUUUGUGCAGUACGACUCGAGAGCGGCUACCUCUGCCCCCAUGAACGGCACUGUUAUCUCUCCGCAUUACAUGGUUGGCUCCCACUACGGUGUCGCAUCUAUGCCGGCAAUGGGCCACCACUGCCCGACCCAAAACCACUUCGCAUAUGCUCAGUACGAUUCACCUCCGGCCAAUAUGAACAUGCCCUUCAGACUGCCAGCGCAACAAGAACGAUCGAUCAUGCCUGUAGUAGCCCCAGCGCAUGAGGUCCCGCGAGCCAGCUCCUACCCUCAGGAGUCACCUUCGGGACAGAAUGACCGACAUCGCAGCCCAUCCACCCGAAGCGAGACGAAGAUGAGCAACCCAAAGACGCCCCACCCCCUCAACACCAAGGAAAUCAAGUUCAACAAGCCCACGAGCGCGGACCCAGUGAACUUCACCACUGCUAUCGACACUCUGAUGAAGGCGAUCCAGAAGAGGCACGACACUGAGGAUAUUGUCAAGGGCGUCCCAGAGACCGAACAGGUUGUCAAGCCGGAGCCUAGAUCUCCCAAGCCCGAACCGACCCCGGCUGCUUCGGCCCCGACACCCUCGACAACGACAGACUCGUCGGAUGCUCCCAAGACCAAGCGUUACGUCUGUGACAUUGAUGGCUGCGGUAAAAGCUUCUAUCAAAGCACCCACUUGGACACUCACAAACGCGCCCACACCGGUGAAAAGCCAUACACUCACAUGCGCCGCCAUACCGGCGAGAAGCCCUUCCGUUGCGAGCAAUGCAGCAAAGUGUUUGCCCAGCGUGGCAACCUCCAGACGCACAUGGCCACACACACUAAUGCGAAGCCAUUCGUCUGCAAGCUCGACCAAUGCAACAAGAUGUUUACCCAAAGAGGCAACCUCAAGGUGUGUAGAGUCGGGGUGACUUAUCUUACGGCCAUCCAGCUAACUUGGCAUCAGAACCAUCAAAACAAGUACCACGAGAAGACCCUCAUGGAAAUGACUGACUGGAUUGUCUCCAUUUCCGAUAUUGACGGCUUGUCCGAUGACCAGCGAGAGAUGUACUGGUACUUUGCCAACCUCUACAAGAACAGCAACAAGGGCAUCAAGGGCCGUGGCAAGGACCGCAGGGUCAGCAACCGUGUCUCGAAGUCCAGGACUGCUCCCUCAUCUUACCCGGUCAAGCGCGUGCCCAAUCCCGCGAGCCUCGCAGCAUACAGCUCGAAGAGGCUGCCUCCCCCGGAACAGUACAUGCAACAUCACCAGCACGGCUACGAGGUUUACGACACGGAUAUGGAUCAGUCCUCGAGCGCAAGCAGCCCCAGAUAUGAUGGUAUUCCUCCUGCCUACCGAGAUCGCAUGUACCACCAGUCCAGCCAUGCCAUCUACUAG